GCGCGUGGGGCCCCGGGCCGCAGCCGCCGGCAGGGGGCCGCCUGCGGGUCGGCCUCGGGCUCCGGGGAGCCCUCGGCCCGGGCGGCUUCUUCCCGGGCCCGGCGCGGCUGCUGGGGCUCCGGGGCUGGGAGCUGGGCGGGAGGCGGCGCGCGCGGCCGGUUCGAGGAUCCGCAGGCGCCGGGCGUCCGGAGCGAUGUCCGCGGGGUGCGGCAGAGCCUCGGCCCCCGGCCCGCGCUUCCCGCCUCGGACCCAGCGCCCGGGCGGCGCUCGGCGUCCGUGUGUGUGUGUGUGUGUUGGGGGUGGGGGGAAAGCGGCGUGUGACCGCCGUCGGGGUCCCCGACCCCUCCUCGCCUUGCGGGGACCCCCGGGAGGGCGCGUGGAAGUUAACUUGCAACGCCGUGCAGUUGCGAGGUGUGUCCAGAGUGGAGGCGUCGGGGGGCGGAAAUCGUUGGUUGGGGAGGGCGCCGCCGAGAGCUUGGGGUCCGCGGAGCCCUCGUGAACUUAUGGGUCCCCCGCGAAAUUCGGCCAGAACACCCCACCGCCCGGCAACCUCCCGCUCGCAGUGUGAGCUGGAGGCGAGGUGCCAGAUAAAGCUGGGACUGGGAGUGGCCGCGAGGGAAGAGGGGUUUGGUCACGGAGGCUGGACCUGGCAGAGUCGUUAUUAUUAAAUGUGGGACAGAGGUCAGGUCUGGCUUUCCCACUCAAACGCACAUCCCCUCGGGAGGAAGGGUGGGAGCCAUCCGAUGGAGUGCAGUUGUUACAAGGCACUGUGCUUAUCACUUGGGGAAACUGAGGCUCAGAAAGGCAUGUGCCCACCGCCCUAGUAACCUACUAGGGCCCCCAGGUAGGACGUGGCAGAGCUGAAACCUACCCUCAGGCCUCCUGACUUCAUGUGUCAUGUCGGGAUGUUGGGGAGGGGAGCUGGCAAACUCCUACUCAUCCUUCAGAAGCUUCAGGCAGCACCCUAUCCUGGGGUGCCUAGCAGUCCCCAGGCAUUGUGGGGGGUUCCUGUUUUGAAAUCCACUGAGGUAACUUGCUCUUUCUUUCACUUACCAACCUCCUUGUAGGUCUGUGUCCUGUACUGGGCUGUGCACACCUCUCCCUACACCCCAUCUCCUAUCUUUUCCUUCAGCUAGGUGGCCUGAUGGUUAGGCCAGGCCUCUGGAGUUAGGCAGAUCUCAGUGUGACUCAUCCUGGCUUAGUAGUGAGGUAGCCUGCUCGAGUCAUUCUUCCUUAUCCAGCCUCAGUUUCCAUGACUGUGAAAUUGGGUUUUUUGAGUCAUUCAUGAACCAUUUUUACCUUACUGAAUCCUAAUUGUAUUAUUGUAUUAUUUACCCAGUGUAUGUGCUUAUAUCACUGUUCUUCCAAAUCGCAUAUGAUCUCUUUACAGCAGCUUUACUGAGAUACAAUUCAGAUUUUAAAGCAUUCAGUUCACUGGUUUUUAGGAUAUUCGCAGAGAUGUGCAACCACGACUACUACCUAAUUCUAGAACAUUUUUAUCACCCAAAAAGAAACCUUGGACCCAUCGGCAAUCACCGCUCAAUCCCUCCUUCCCCAGCCCCUGGCAACCACUCAUCUGUUUUCCCUCUCUGGAUUUCCCUGUGCUGGACAUUUUAUGCAAAUUUUAUGUAAAUGGAGUCACACACAACGUGGCCUUUUGUGACUGGUGCUUUUCACUUAGAAUGAGCCCGAGUUUCGUCCAUGUGGUAGCAUGUAGGGGUUCUGUGUUCCUUUUUUUUUUUUUUUUUAAUUUUUUUGCUAUUUCAUGACUUUCUGUUUUUAGGUUUUUAAUUCCAAUAUAGUUAACGUGCAGUGUCUUAUUAGUUUCAGGUGUAGUAUUUGAUCACCUUUUAAGGGCUGAAUACUAUUCCACUGUGGAUAUACUCUAUGUUUCCACUUGGCAGCUAAUGGACGUUUGCUUUCUGUCCACUUUUUGGGUGUCGUGAAUAAUGCUGCUGUGAACAUUUGUGUACAAGUCUGUGCAGGCACAUGAUGUUUUCAGUGCUCUCGGGUAUAUCCCGAGGAGUGGAAUCGCUGGGUUGCACGGUAAUUCUAAACCUUUUGAAGAAGGGCCAGUUUUGCAAAGCAGCUGCCCCAUUUUACAAUCCCACAGGCAGCCGAUGAAGGUGUGGAUAAUCUGGACUAAAUACAGUCUCCGAAGCCGUCCUGAUCUUUGAAAUCACUGGCUUUGAUGUGCUCAUUAUAAAUUAUAUUCCAAUACUCGUGGAAUUAAAUGCCUCAUUAGCAGAAUGAGGAGUGUUCUGUGGGUCACGAGGAACAGCUCCGGGACCAUCAGGAAACUGGUGACGAAGCCCAGCCAGCGCUUAGCCGAGGGGACAGCCUGCGAGCAGUCUCCGUGAGCGGCCACAAGGGCUAGAGCCCAGAGAUGACAGUGCCCGGGAGAGAUGCGAGUCCCGCCCGCCCUCUGCUGACCUGGCGCUAAGGCCCACCCGCCACCCCAGGCCCAGCAUGCGCCUGUCGGUGCGGAGGGCGCUGCUGGCGGCCAGCUGCGCCCUGGCCCUGGUGCUGGCGGUCCAGGUGGGGCAGCAGGUGCUGGAGUGCCGCGCGGUGCUGGGGGGCCCCCGGGGGCCCCGGCGGGCCAUGCGGCCGGAGCAGGAGGACCUGGUGAUGGUGGGCGCGGACCGCGUGGAGUACCGCUACGGCAAGGCCAUGCCGCUCAUCUUCGUGGGCGGCGUGCCCCGCAGCGGCACCACGCUGAUGCGCGCCAUGCUGGACGCCCACCCCGAGGUGCGCUGCGGCGAGGAGACACGCAUCAUCCCCCGCGUGCUGGCCAUGCGCCAGGCCUGGUCCAAGUCGGGCCGCGAGAAGCUGCGGCUGGACGAGGCGGGCGUGACGGACGAGGUGCUGGACGCCGCCAUGCAGGCCUUCAUCCUGGAGGUGAUCGCCAAGCACGGGGAGCCGGCGCGCGUGCUGUGCAACAAGGACCCCUUCACGCUCAAGUCCUCCGUCUACCUGUCGCGCCUGUUCCCCAACUCCAAGUUCCUGCUGAUGGUGCGCGACGGCCGCGCGUCGGUGCACUCCAUGAUCACGCGCAAGGUCACGAUCGCCGGCUUCGACCUCAGCAGCUACCGCGACUGCCUCACCAAGUGGAACAAGGCCAUCGAGGUGAUGUACGCCCAGUGCAUGGAGGUGGGCAAGGACAAGUGCCUGCCCGUGUACUACGAGCAGCUGGUGCUGCACCCCAGGCGCUCCCUCAAGCUCAUCCUGGACUUCCUGGGCAUUGCCUGGAGCGAUGCUGUUUUGCACCAUGAGGACCUCAUUGGCAAGCCUGGCGGCGUGUCCCUGUCCAAGAUCGAGCGAUCCACAGACCAGGUCAUCAAGCCCGUGAACCUUGAAGCGCUCUCCAAGUGGACCGGCCACAUCCCUGGGGACGUGGUGAGGGACAUGGCCCAGAUCGCCCCCAUGCUGGCGCGGCUCGGCUAUGACCCCUACGCAAACCCACCCAACUACGGCAACCCCGACCCCAUCGUGGUCAACAACACCCACCGGGUCUUGAAAGGGGACUAUAAAACACCAGCCAAUCUGAAAGGAUAUUUUCAGAUCUCUGCAGAUUGUUGCCCAGAGGAGAAGACACCUUGCAUUCGAGUGGAAAUCGGACCUCUAAUCCAAGCAUAUUGCUUGCUCUUAAUCGCCAAAACAGGACUGCUAACGAGGAAUGUAUUUGCAUAUGUUUGCAAAAAAGCCGAAUCACCGAAAACUUAACCUGGAGACUCUCUACCUGUGGACAGCCCCCCCCCCCACCCCAGGAUGGAGAAGAACGAAGAAGAGUGUGGGAAGUAGGCUGGCUUUUGAAACUUCGGUAUUUUUUAUCUUGCCCCUCAAGAACUUUUUUUUAAAGAAAUGGAUUUGCCAUUUUUCUUAAUUUGCAGGACUGCUUUGGCGGCUUUGUUGGCGGGGACAAGGCCCACACCUGUGCCUCUCUCCUAUUGACUUACUUUUGAAUUCAAAGAAUCUAUUUAAGAAUUUAAUAUAUGAGGUUUUCUUUGAUUCCUCCUCAGUUCUUCUCAGAUUUCAGAGGAAAAAAAAAAAAUUAUUUGAAUAAAGUGACCAGGGACUCA